UGAUAAGUCUUUUGUUGUUGUUGACAAAAGGUUGCUUCUUUGGUAGCUUUGUUUGACAAUAUAAAGAUCAUUUGUGUCGGUAUCUGAAUCUCUACUCUCUUUCUGUUACUUGGUUGUUUAUAUGCUUUGCUUGAUUUUCCUCUACAAGACUCAAACUUUCAUUUCUGUUUUGAUUCAAAGAAAGUGAUGGCCUUAAAGACAUUUGAAUUGUUGAAAGGGUGUGCAACUCAUGAAGAGAUAAUGAAAGUUCUUGCAGGAGUGGCUAUUGAUUUAGGAGAUGUUAUUGAUGAUGUGAGUGUUGUGGAAGUGAAUCCCUUAAAGGGUGCAAUGACAAAUGAGGUUUUUGAGGUGAAUUGGCCAACAAAAAGUGAUUCUCAUCUUAGAAGGGUUUUGGUUAGAUUAUAUGGAGAAGGUGUUGAGGUUUUCUUCAAUAGGGAUGAUGAAAUCAAAACUUUUGAGUGUAUGUCAAAGAAUGGACAAGGUCCGCGCCUUCUUGGUCGGUUCACCACCGGUCGAGUUGAAGAGUUCAUUCAUGCCCGGACACUUUCAGCCGCUGACCUCCGCGACCGUGAAAUAUCGUCUUUGAUAGCAUCAAAGAUGAAAGAGUUUCAUAAUCUUCAUAUGCCUGGUCCAAAGAAGGCUCAAAUUUGGCCGAGAAUGAGGAAGUGGCUUAAUCAUGCAAAAAGUUUGUGCUCUCAAAAGGAUAUCAACAAUUUUGGGUUGGACAAUCUAGAUGCUGAAAUAAACAUGCUGGGGGAAUUGUUAUCAGAAGGAUAUCAAGAUAUUGGUUUUUGCCACAAUGAUCUACAAUAUGGUAACAUUAUGAUAGACGAAGAGACAAGAUCAGUCACUUUAAUUGAUUACGAGUAUGCGAGUUACAAUCCUGUUGCAUACGACCUUGCAAAUCAUUUCUGUGAAAUGGCGGCGAAUUACCAUAGUGACACACCUCAUGUUCUUGACUACAGUAAAUAUCCUGAUCUCGAUGAACGUCGAAGGUUUAUUUAUACAUACUUGAGUUCAGAAGGCAAAAUGCCAAGUGAUGCUGAAGUGGAGCAGUUAGUGAAUGCUGCAGAGAAAUACACUCUCGCAAACCAUCUUUUUUGGGGCUUGUGGGGACUUAUUUCAAGUUAUGUAAAUACAAUUGAGUUUGACUACAAGGAGUAUUCAAGGCAGAGGUUUCAGCAAUAUUGGUUAAAGAAGCCUACUUUAUUGACAUGAUUGCUUCUCAUGUGUUUCUUAGUAAAGUUUAGUUUGGUAUAUUAAUUAAUAAUAUCGAGAGGCAUGAUAUGAUAUGCCGUAAAUCUGUAAAUAAUAUAUAUAACUUAAAAUGUGUGAUGGAUUUGACUAUCUCUACAAAAAAAUAUAAAUAUCUUUAAUUUGUAAUCCCUCUCAUUUUGGAUUGAGUCGAGGGAUAAAA